GCUUGAACGCGGGGCAGUUGAAGAACGAUAUAUGACGACAGAAAACGACACAUAGAGGUCACUGUGCAAGCAACCUUCCACAGAACAACAUAAACGCUACCAAAAACAAUACUGAAGUGACAGAAGGGCUCAAAGAGCGAAAAGAAAUACACAAUGGCUCUACCUCCCAAAUUCAGCGGCCACCGUCUUCCCCUUGGAGAUGUUGCUGCCAGCGGCGGCAACCAUGCGGUCCAUACCGUAGAGCUGUUCUUGGACUUUGUCUGUCCGUUUUCGGCAAAAAUGUUCAACACCGUCGCAAAGGACGUGGCCCCGUCGCUGCGCAAGGACCCCCAGCUGGCCUCCAGGGUCCAGAUCAUAUUCCGGCAGCAGGUCCAGCCGUGGCACCCGUCCAGCACGCUCGCGCACGAGGCGGCCGUGGCGGUGCUGCGGCUCGCGCCCGCGCGCUUCUGGGACUUUGCGCAGGCGCUGUUCGCGGCGCAGAAGGACUUCUUCGACGUGAGCGUCGUGAACGAGGCGCGGAACCAGACCUACCGCCGGCUCGCGCGCUUGGCGGCCGAGAGCGCGGGCGCGGCCGAGGACGACGUGUUUGCGCUCCUGGCCGUGCCGGACCGGCCGGGCCCGGACGGCGCGCUCAACAGCGGCAACGGCACCACCGACGACCUCAAGGUGCUGGUCAAGAUGGCGCGCCUGGUCGGCGUGCACGUCAGCCCCACCGUCAUACUCGACGGCGUGGUCGCGGCCGAGGUGAGCUCGGGGUGGCCCGCGGAGCAGUGGAUGGAGUGGCUCUCCAAGAAGACCUCGUAGGGGGUUGCAUACGGGACGGGAGGUCUUGGGUGGAUGCAUGUCUAGUCUAGUUCUUGUGGACGUGUGAACGGAGACGAUAUGAGCCAAAUCACCUACAUCAAGUUCCAGUUUAUGGUAUCCUUCCCUCGUUGUACGUGGAAGCACAAAGGACCGACGCCCACACGCCCACCACAAAAGGGGCGGUAGUCUUACUUACAAGAGGUCCCAAAUAUUCCUCGAAGGAAUAUGAACUGCCAUAUUUAUUGUGGUGGGCGUGGCUCACAACUAGAGUUUUGGCUCCACCCGCUGAAAAUCAACUUGGCCCAGUUCCAGCACACCCAUUGCG